UCUCCAUUACUUUUACUUCCCGGCGGAAGGCCUGAAAAUGAAGAUCGCCGGCGAUCGACGCAAUCGCGAAAACGACGGCAACGAACCCAUUCUGAGACUACCGGCCAAGAGACAGAGAAUAUCACCCUUCUAAUUCUUCAUCCCACCAAACUUUGUCAGCGCCUCACCAGAUUCAUCCGCCCCUUUCUGUUCAAUCCGCUUCCGUCGCCACCAUCCACGGCCAGGGUUUCUCCUUAUCUUUCUUCGUCGAGAGUUCUGCCUCCAAAGCACGACGUCUUCAUCAGCUUCAGAGGAAUCGACGUUCGCGACACCUUCCUGAGCCACCUCAACUCCUUCCUUAAACACCAAAAGAAAUUUGCUGUCUACAAAGACGAUUUAGAUCUCGAAAGAGGAGAAGAUAUCUCGUUGUCGCUGUUGGAGGCGAUCGAGAGGUCGGCGGUCUACAUCGUGAUUUUCUCCCCCAAUUAUGCAGAUUCACCGUGGUGCUUGGACGAGCUCGUGAAGAUCCUUCAGUGCGGUGAAAGGUACGGGCGGAGGGUGAUUCCGGUGUUUUACGGUGGCGUGGAUCCUUCUCAUGUCGAAAAUCAAACUGGAAGCUACCGGAAGCUCCCGGCGGUGGAGACGGUUGGCAGAAUUCGGAGUUGGAGAACUGCGUUGACUAAGUCUGCCGCCAUUUCCGGCUUCAGUUCACAAGUUACCAGACCUGAAUCAAAACUGAUUGAGGAAAUUUCUAGAGCUGUGUUACAAGCUGUAUCCGGUCAAAUGGUACCGGCUUCAUAUUCAAAAGAUGGGGGUUUGGUGGGAUUAGAGAGAAGGGUGAAUGAGAUAGAACAGUGGGCAACUAGUGAGGGUAAAAAUUUGACUAUAGGACUGUGGGGGACAGGUGGCAUCGGGAAGACAACUCUUGCGAAUGCCAUAUACGAUAGGUUCUCUAGUCAAUUCGAACGUUCGUAUUUUUUGAGUAAGUUCUCAGACAAAUUAAGUGGUUCGUCGCAGUUGCGUGAUGGCUUGCAAAAUGAUUUCUUCUCUGCAUUGUUGGGUGAUGAGAAUGCAGGGAGUAUAUCUAAGGAUUUGAAAGAGCAUCGGCUUGGUCGUAUUAGGGCCUUGGUUGUCAUUGAUGAUGUGGGUGAUGAUGUUGGAGACAUCGGACACUUGAAUGAUUUGUUUAAAGGACAGUAUUGUGAUUUAUUUGCACCCGGAAGUAUAAUUAUCUUGACAAGUAGGAAUAAGCAAGUUCUCAAGAAUGUGUGUCAUCAUGUUUAUGAAGUUGUGGCUCUUGAUAGACAUGAAGCUCUUCGGCUAUUCUGCUUCCGUGCAUUCAAGUUGCCUUAUCCUCCAAGCGAGUAUGAGGAGUGGUCCAAGAGAGCUAUCACUUAUGCGGAGGGUAACCCCUUAGCUCUCACUACUUUAGGCUCGCAUUUGUAUGACAGGGACCAAAACUUUUGGGCUAUCGAGUUGAAAGCCUUGGAGCGUCACCCAAAUCAAGCGAUAGAGAGAGUCUUUAGGAGGAGUUAUGAUGGACUAGGUCAAGUAGAGAGAAAUGUAUUCCUUGAUAUUGCAUGUCUUUAUGGUCGAUACGAGAUCGAAGUCAAGGAGUUGGAAAGACUAUUGGAUGGAAACUAUGUUGAACAUGGUGGGAGUGAAAACCUUAUUACUAAAUUUAUUGACAAGUCUAUAUUAACAGCGGACCGCGUUUCUCAUUAUGGUACCGUAAAAAUGCAUGGGUUGCUGAGUGAUUUGGGCCGUAGCAUUGUCAAUGAAGAGUUUCGACUUGAAAAACGUUCAUGGUUGUUUGAAGCUCAAGUCGUAUAUGAUCUCUUUAAACAAGAAAAGUGCUGUAAAGUCACCCGAGGCAUUUGUUGGAACUUAUACAGUGGUGGUGAGUUAAGGACAGAGGCAAUACACAUGCAAUCUGAGGCUUUUGUGAAGUUGGAAAAUCUUAGAUACCUUGUCAUACGUCGAUCUACCAGAAUUGGUUCUUCCUGAGGACGGGUUGAGAUGCCUACCAAAUGCAUUGAGAAUUUUAAAAUGGGACUCAUUUCCUAUGAGAUGUUUACCUUAUGAAUUUUGUCCGGAGAAUCUUACGUCACUGUCUUUGCCUUCAAGCAACCUAGAACGACUUUGGGACGACACGUGGAAUGUGGACUUGAGAAAUUUGAAGUUCCUUGAUCUAACCAACUCUAAGUACUUGAAGAAGUUGCCUGAUCUCUCUACCGCUGAAAGACUGGAAGAAAUCCAUCUUACUUACUGUGUCGGCUUAGUGGAGCUUCCUCGGUCGAUUGUGCAUCUGCCCAAACUGGAAGUCCUCAUUUUAGAAAAGUGUACCAGCCUGAAGUUGAAUGCAUUUGGAUAUUACACAGAUGUCAACAAGGACGACAAUAUUGCUGCCAUUUUCCCAAAACUAAAACGAUUGAACCUAAGUGGGACAUCAAUUCAAAACCAGAAGUUGAAGGAGCUGAAGAAGUUAAAGGGGUGUGACGAAAUUUCGGCCAAUGAUCAAGAGCUUAUUCAUUUCUGUGAUCUUAUUUUUCAGUCGAAAGCUCUUAUGGAGAUCCGUUUAUCUAUUUGCAUCCUGCUGAAGGAACUUCCAGAAAUCAUGGUGCCCUUGGAAGCUUUAUCACAUCUUGAUCUAGAUGGGUGCACCAGUCUAUCACGACUUCCAUAUAGCAUUUGUAAUCUAGGACACUUGGAAGUUCUUAGUCUGUCCCAUACAGCAAUCCAAGAACUGCCAGCCACUAUUGGAGAUCUCGCAUGCUUGAUCAAAUUGCUACUCUGCUUUUGCACAAGUCUCAAACACCUUUGCGGCACAGUUCACAAGCUAUCCAAAUUGGACCACCUCGACUUGUCUGGUUGCAAUCAACUCAGCCACUUACCCGAGCUUCCUUCAUCCUUGACAAAGUUGAAUGCAUAUGGCUGCACCGCACUUCAAACCAUGUCAAGUAGCAGCUUGAGUAAAUAUAACUUAUUGGAGAUGAGAUGCAAUUUUGGAAACUGUCGAAAGCUGGAUUCAGACGUCUGCAGUAUGCUUUUCAAGAAGUUCACUCAAGAUCCCUUGGGUACACGCACGAAGAAUCAGCGACUUCCAUGCCUCGUACUUCCAAGAGGUUGGAUUAGUCCUGAUGGAUGGAGGCCUUCUGGGCUUAAUUCUAUGGUGACAGCCACACUUGGUCGCCUAUGGGAGUUGAAGGGACUAAUCUAUUGUGCUUCAUUUCAUAGCAAAGUUGUCCAUCCAACCACCUCCUUUAACUCAUGGGCUACAUUCAGUGUUGCGUGUCACAAUUUGUCCAGCACUGGUGGCAGGGAUGUUAUAGCUGCGAGUUCUUGCAGGGGGAUUAUCCUGUAUGGCGAAGACCUUGAUUCAGAUGACCAGGGAAGUAACCUAUUAAUAUGGUACGAUUCUGAGCUUAGCUGGAUGAGGGAGGUUUUAGUACCUCUGGAUUCUUCUUCCAUAGGUCAGGAGACUGCAGUUAUGAACGAUGCUACCAUUCAAUUCGUGUUUCGUGCCUCGCGCAGAGACUAUCCCAAGGGAGGUUGUAUUGUUGAAGUACCAAUCAUGGUCAACAAUUGUGGGGUUAUACCGGUUUACCACAACAGAGUGAUAGUAGUAGAUGAUGACCACAUUUGAUCUUCAGAGAGCCUCCAUGGGACAGUAUUGUUAGCGAUCACACAGGCAGUUGAAUUGGUGAACGAAUUUUAAUGGCGGGUGGCACAUCGUCAGUCAAUCAUCCUCAUUCUCAAUCUACAAGCCACGCCAUAGUCCUCACUAUAUCAAUCACAGUUAAAUGGGUGUUGGUGUGUGUAUGCGACAGGUUUUACUUUUCUUAUUCCGGUCUUGCCGUAUUGUAAUGAAAUCUAAUUCUAUGUUCUUUGAAUUAUACUUUAUACAGGUGGCUUCUAUCCCUCAAUAUUUGUACUGGGCUGUACAGGAUCAACGUUGGUCAAAAGCCAUUUGCAUUUGACAUCAAGGCAAUAUACCACAAGUUUAUCGAUGCUUGCUAGCUAUGAAGUCCCUGAUGAGGAAAAAGUUAAGGUUGCGGCAGCUAACUUCGAGAACAAGCCAGAUGCAUGGUUAUGGAUGUGGAGUAGCGGACGACCAGUUCUGAUUUGGAGUGAGUUCAUCGAUGCCCUGUGUAUAAGUUUUGGAUGGACUGGGGGUUAACAGUUUCCUCAACUUCCAAAGAUUCUCCUUCUUUGGUUGCUUCUGAUUCUUUUCCUUUGAAUGAGCAAAUGGUUGUUUGUGAUGGUGCUAUUCCUGCUAUUGCUCAGGAAGAAAUGGGGCAGAGUAAGGACUCAGCUCCACACCUUGAAGUCAUGAACACACUGGGAAUGACAUAACAAUUGAAGUGUUCCCUAGUAUCGAGGCCUGCAUCGCAUCAGCAUUGACCCUGAAAAGUCGAACUUGGAUGAAGGGUCUGUGCUGUUUGAGAAGGCUUUGGAAAUGGGUCUUGCUGUGUUUUCUGGUUAUUAGGAUUUAAAUCAUACUCGAGGGAGCUGUUCUCCAUUGUUUGAUGAUGUCAAGUUGCUUCUCACGCCGCCUCCAGUGGCAGGCGUGAAUUGAGGAAGCAGCAGCAUGCAGCAGCUGAGAGAUUGUGCGACAUAGGCCAGCAGAAGAUGCUUCCUGACAAAGAUGUUUUUGGAGGCUGCUUAUCCCUAGCAGAAUUAAAUGAGUGUUUUGGAAAUGGGAGUUUGGAGUUGAUAGAUUCGGUCCCUUGCGACUGGGAGUUUGUCUUGCGGCGAGGACAUGUAUAUUGGUGACCUCGGGUGAAGUUUAAAAGCAAUUUUUCUAGUCCCAACUUUAAGGAACCGUACAAGGAUGCUUAGGCAAGAAAAUCUGUAGGCAGGGAACUAUUUGGUUGGGCAACUCUUGAUGCUUGGGGGUUACCGAGCUGCAAGGCUACUGAUUCAAAUAGUUGUGAGAUGUAUGAGCAACCUUCUUGAUUUCUUGAUCCCCUCUCCCACCAAUCAAUUCCUUCUUAGUAGGAAGUCGGAGGCACCGAAGAAAGCUCAUGACAUGAGAAAAUUUUAUACUCGAACAAAGGCGAGAAAAUGGCUGUAAUGGAACUACGUGGACUGUUGGCAUUGUGCAUGAGUUUCAUUGUGGCAUUUAUUGCUGUGAUUUUGUUUGUUCUCAUGGCAGGGACAAGAUCAUAGCUUUAAACAGACUUUCAAGGAAAUGUUUUGCCUGAGGUUCUUUCUCAUGGAAGAGUGAUGGUGGAGCAUCGAAAUAUCCGGGCUUGCUGCUGCUUGAGUGCUGUGUGCCAUAUCGCUGAUUGCGGGCUGUUCUUAGCAUUGAUAAUUGCUUACAGCUCAUUUCCACUACCCAGAGGAAGCUGCUUGUGUCUACAUUAGACAAGUUUGUUAUUGUAUGCAGGUUUUUGUUCAACCUAUGAUAUCAUUUCCGUUGUUUUGUCGUUAGUUCGUUUUCUUGUUGUUUUUCGUUCCUCUUUUCUGUUUUCAGCCUUGAGGACAAGUCUCAAGGGGUCGGGAUUUAUAAUGAACAGGAUCUACUUUUACUAAGGUUUAGUUUGGUGAACAUUCUGUAAUUAGACCAUAUAAAUAAAAAUCAGCUGUAACCGAGAAGAGUACCGAAUAACAGAAUUACAGACUCUUUUCCCUA